ACUAGUUCCAACUCAGAAGGUCCUAGGUUAGGAAAGGUUUGACUCACGGGGGUGGGGUCUAAUCCAGGGGCGGGCCUAUCUCCAAGCACAGAUUCGGGCGCGGGGCGGGGCUCCACUUGAUAGGAGCAAGAUGUAACUCUGGGGCGGCACACAGCGCAAAUGUGACCACUCCCAACGCCAUAAUCUGCGUGGGGGCGUGGUCACGCCCUGCCAGUCCCCCAAGCCGAGGUCUGAACCGCAUGCGACUAUUUUGGGGCGUGGCCAGGUUCGGGGGCAGGCAAAGGUACCGAUCCCGGGGCUAGGAUUUUAGCGGGAUACCACCUGUGCCCACCUUGCGGCUGGCUUGUCCAAGCCCUGGGCCGGAUGAGGUCCGCUGUAGACUUGAGGGCGUAGCCAGAACCGGAGACACGCCCCAAAGAGGACUUGGCCAAUCCGGAGCUGUACGUUUGCUUAAGGGGCGUGGCCGUGGCCUUUGGGGUGGAUCUGAGCGAGGCGAAGCCUGGGGCGUGGCCAGGCUACCGGGACCUCAGGACCCGGACCAAUGCUGGUGUUGGCUUCUCAGUGGGGCGGGGCCUGUCUCGAAGGAGUGACAUUGCGGGAGCCUGAACUGGGCGCGCCGCCGAGGGCUCAGGCCCACCUGGGGGCGUGGUUCGUCAGGACCUUGGCCAGUCUUAGAGUUAGGCCGGGCUCAGGGGCGGAGUCUCGAAGUUCCGGGACCAGUGAGGGGGUUUGGGUUUGAAGAGGGCGCGACCCGUCGUGCCGCGGCCAAUCGCGCCGAGGUCCUGAGAGGGCCUCUGGGGGCGUGGCCAACCGGAGGCGGGGCCCAGCCGGUUCCGGGCCUCCUGGGACCGCGCCGGGGCCAUGUCGGCGCCGCAGCCGCUGCAGAUUCGCGAGGCGAACGCACACUUGGCGGCUGUGCACCGACGCGCCGCGGAGUUGGAGGCGCGGCUGGACGCGGCGGAGCGCACAGUGCGCGCCCAGGCCCAGCGCCUGGCCCGCCACGACCAGCAGCUGCGCGCUGCCCUGGACGAGCUGGGCCGCGCCAAGGACUGUGAGAUUGCCGCUCUCCAGGAGCAGCUGCUGACCUCCGAGGCCACUGUCCACAGCCUGCAGGCUGCUGUGCGCCAGAGGGAUGAGCUCAUUGGGCAGCUGCAGCCCCGGGCGGAGCUGCUGCAGGACAUCUGCCGUCGCCGGUCACCCCUGGCCGGGCUGCUGGCCACCCUGGCGGAGGCUGAACGCCUGGGGCCCUUGCCAACCAGCCACCCACUCCCUGGUGGGCCCAGUCCACGCCUUGCCAACAGCACUGGGGAAGAGGAGAGGGACCACCUCCAGCCUGCAGUGUUUGGGACCACUGUGUGAGCCCUGGAACACAGAUUACACAAUGGAGACAG